CCGUCAGAGAAUGUAAACUAUUUGACGUUCUCUUCUAUCCUUAAAUUCCCACAUUCUGCACUAAAUAUAUGCGAACAUAAUAAUUUUGAUUGGAACUUUAAAUAAUUUAUUUCGUAUUUGUUCCUGAAAAUAUUUGCAAUAUGGUUGUGAGACCUUAUAAUGAAGAGUUGAAAUAUCUCGAGAAGAUAAGCGACUGCUGUUGGAGAAUAAAAAAAGACUUUCAGCCCAAUAUGAAAGUAGAAGGCUGCUUCUAUGUAAACAGCCGGUUAGAACGACUCAUGCUAGAAGAACUUAAAAACUCAUGUAGACCCGGAGCAGUUGGUGGUUUUUUGCCAGGAGUAAAACAAAUAGCAAAUGUUGCAGCUUUGCCGGGCAUUGUUGGCCGAUCUAUUGGGCUCCCGGAUAUUCAUUCUGGUUAUGGAUUUGCUAUUGGCAAUAUGGCCGCAUUUGAUAUGGACGAUCCCACAUCAAUAGUAAGCCCAGGAGGAGUGGGAUUUGAUAUCAACUGCGGGGUACGUUUACUUCGUACAAAUCUUUUCGAAAAAGAUGUUCAGCCUGUUAAAGAACAAUUGGCGCAGUCUCUUUUCGAUCAUAUACCUGUUGGAGUGGGUUCUAAAGGUAUAAUCCCAAUGAAUGCUCAUGACAUGGAAGAGGCUCUAGAAAUGGGUAUGGAUUGGUCUCUUCGUGAAGGAUAUGUUUGGGCCGAAGACAAAGAACACUGUGAAGAAUAUGGCCGUAUGUUGAAUGCAGAUCCUUCGAAAGUAAGUUUGCGUGCAAAAAAACGCGGUCUUCCACAAUUGGGAACAUUGGGAGCAGGUAAUCACUACGCGGAAAUUCAAAUUGUUGAUGAAAUUUAUGAUAAAUGGAGUGCCAGCAAAAUGGGAAUUGAAGAAAAAGGUCAAGUGUGCGUUAUGAUACAUUCCGGCAGUCGUGGUUUUGGGCAUCAAGUUGCUACUGAUGCUUUGGUUCAAAUGGAGAAGGCUAUGAAGAGAGAUCAAAUUGAAACAAAUGAUCGGCAAUUAGCAUGUGCUCGCAUAAACUCACAAGAAGGCCAAGAUUAUUUGAAAGCCAUGGCAGCUGCUGCAAAUUUUGCUUGGGUUAAUCGAAGCUCAAUGACUUUCCUCACACGGCAAGCAUUCGCCAAAAUGUUCAACACAACACCGGAUGAUCUUGAUAUGCAUGUGAUAUAUGAUGUCUCUCAUAAUAUUGCCAAAAUAGAAAAUCACAUCGUCGACGGCAAAGAAAAACAAUUGCUUGUGCACAGAAAGGGAUCAACACGAGCUUUCCCACCACAUCAUCCUCUUAUACCGGUGGACUAUCAACUGACAGGCCAACCAGUUUUAGUUGGCGGCACAAUGGGCACAUGCAGUUACGUGCUAACAGGAACCGAGAAAGGAAUGCAUGAAACAUUUGGCUCUACAUGUCAUGGAGCUGGGCGCGCUUUAUCGCGCGCUAAGUCACGACGAAAUUUAGAUUAUAAAGACGUUCUUGAAAAAUUAGAAGAAAUGGGUAUUGCUAUACGUGUGGCAUCGCCCAAACUUGUGAUGGAGGAAGCGCCGGAAUCUUACAAAGAUGUUACUGAUGUUGUUGAUACAUGUCACAUGGCAGGAAUUAGCAAAAAAUGUAUAAAAUUACGACCAAUUGCUGUAAUUAAAGGAUAACAAAAUGUGAAUGUUCAAAGUUAAUUUUCUCAAAAUGUUGCUCAAUCUGUGGGAAAUACAUAUAACAUAUAUAUUAAUAAUUUAUUGACAUUAAUAAAACCUAAUCGAAAAUCAGUGCGCUACGCUGUCCGCAAUUUCAA